GGUUUCUUUCCAAGUAAUAUUUGAAAUAUGGGUUGUAAUACUAGUCAGGAAUUAAAAACCAAAGAAGGUUCCACCACCGGCGUUAAUGGCUCGGCCCAAAAUGAUGAUAAUAACACUUGUGAACAGAACACAAAUAAUGAAGAUGCCCAACAACAAAAGGGUGCGGUUUCCGGCGAACAACAAACCACACAGACCACCUCAAACAACUCAGCCAACCAUACGAAUCAUUCGAAAACAAAUUCCAUCAUCUCGAAUGGUGGUGGCGGUGGUGGUGGCGCUAGCGGUGAUGCCAGCCACAAUCAAUCCUCGAAAUCCUCGGCCAAUUCAAAACAAUCCACGGUAUCGCCGGCCAAAGAGAAUGGCUCAUUGCUGAAACAUCAAAUACAAUCAUACAAUAAGGCCGAAUUAACGGAAUUCAAAGAUAUGGAUGAUGGUGAAGAUGAAGCAAAAGCCGCUGUUAAAAUCCAAGCCGCAUUUAGAGGACACAAAGUUCGAAACACCAUGAAGAAAACAGAAACUGUAACUACCACCUCUUCGGCUGGCUCUGUUGCCGCAGCUGCUGCUAAUGCAGCCGCUAGUGCCACUACAGAACAUGAGCCAACCAAAGCUGAAUUGGAGGCUGAAUUUGACCCCAAUGACAAAGAACUCUGUGAUGCUGCUUUAAAAAUUCAAGCCACUUUCCGUGGCCAUUUAACACGUAAACUGGUGGCCAAGGAUGAGCCCGAAGAUGUUGACAUACAGGAGAUCACCAAAAAGGUGGCUGAAGAAUUGGAUAUUGAUUUAAGUGACCCAGAGCUAAAUAAAGCUGCUACCAAGAUUCAAGCCUCAUUCCGGGGACAUAAAACCCGUAAAGAUCAACAACCAGUUGAAUAAAAAGAAACAUUUUUUGAAUAUUGAUAAAGCAAAAAACACACACAAACACAAAUAUUUUUUUUUUUGGGAUUAAAGAAAGUAAAACUUUUAAAAUUUAGCAAUUGUCUUAAAAUAAAAACAAAUUAUUUAAAAAGUGAAAAAAAAAUUAAAAUUAAGAUUUAAAUCAUAAAAAAUUAAACAAAAAAAAAACGUAUACAAGUCCAUUAUGAAGAAGAAUAAUUAAACAACAACAAAAAAGGAAAAUUUGUCAAAGUUGCAUAAUUCUAAUAAAAACCAAAAACAAAGAAUUAUAAUUAUAAUUGUUAAUUUUAAGUUUUAUUAAAUAAUUUUUUUUUAAGCAAAUUUAAACAAACAAAAAAAAUGUAUUAAGUUUUUAUGUUGGCUUUUAUAGGAGUUUAAAUAUUCAACUCUCAUGUUAGAUUCAAAACAGCUUUAAAUAUUUAAAAAAAACAAAUAACAAACAAAAAAAAUCAACAAUAAUUUAUUCAAUUUAUUAAACCAAAAAAUAUAUAUUUAACAUAAAAAAAAACAAACAGAAAAAAACCCAAAAAAAGAGCUUGAGUAAUAAAAAAAAAAGAUUUAAAAAAACAAAAAAUCAUUCCAAUAUGAGACAGUUUAAAAACAACAACAAAAAAACAUCAAUUAUUUAUUAGCAAUUCUUCAAAGAAAAUCUUAUAAAAACCCAAAAAAAAUUGCCAAACUUUAAUUAGAGAAAUUUUAUUUUUAAGCUUUUUUUUUAUUUAUUUAAACUUAAUUUAUUUG